CAGUAAUCAUGUACGAUGCAACGAAGGUUUCGUCUCCCAAGGAUGGUACAAACGGCUUGGUCCAACCUGUGGUCCCUGGAGCUAAACCCGAAACAGCAGCGGAACCAGCAGCGUCGCCGUCCACUGCAGUGCUGCAAGCUAACAGCGAAGAGGGACAGCCACACACGGAGGAGGACGAGCAGCCUGAAGUAGAACCUGUCCUGGUGAAGAAGCCGCACCGAGAGAUUCUGGACCAUGAGAGGAAGAGGAGGGUGGAGCUUAAAUGUAUGGAGCUCCAAGAGAUGAUGGAGGAGCAAGGGUACACAGAGGAGGAGAUCCGACAGAAAGUGAGCACAUUCAGACAAAUGCUGAUGGACAAAGAGGGCGUAAUCACCAGAGAGGGAUCUCACGCACAGGCGAACCACCUCCACUAUCAGACGCACGAGUACGAACAGGACCCUGAAGUGGACGGCUACGAAGACGGAGACUAUGACUACCACAGUGACAGCAGAGUGAAAAGGAAAUCAAGCAGCUCUCAGUCCCCCUGUCCAAAGAAAAGGAAGAAGAAGAAGUCUGGCCGUCGAAGGAGUCGGUUUGGCAGCUCCUCGCCCACUCGCAGGGAGAAGAAGAAAAAGAGUGGGAAGAAGCACAAGCGAGGCAGAUCUGCCUCGGACUCCAGAAAAAAGAGAAGAUACAGGUAUGUAUCCCAUAAAGCACCUUGUCACCUAGUCAGCGCGUACAUCGACACAUAUUUUGACCAACUUCAUGAUCUUAUAUCUGAUUGUUGUUUCAGAUCAGGCAGCCCAAAGAACAAACACAAAGACAAGAACAAACAGAAAAAGAGAACCCCCGGUGAGACCCCCAGCAGGAGUUCACAGCGUCAAGGCAGCUGCUGCAGCUCCCGAAGUGCCUCCCUGUCCUCCACUCGGAGCACCUCCAGAUCUCCCAACAGACUAAAAUCCAAGCACAAGGCAGACGGACAGAGGGCGUCGGGCACGUCGCCGUCACCAGCUCAACACAAUCCUGCUGCGAGGCACAACGGGGAUCACAACCAACGGAGUCGCAACGGCAAGGCCAGCAGACUCACACACGGCGAGGGCGAGAAGGGGAGCGAUAAGCUGCAUCUGCUGAAUGCUAGCUCUGCAGGGGUCCAGUCCACGGUGCUGAGAGGCCACAAGCUCCACAGCGCCCCCAGCAGGAACCAAACAGGACUGAUGUGCUCAGCUGGAGAGGCUGGGAGCGUGGAUGGCAAGGUGACAGCUGUAGGGAGCUCCCUAGCUCAGAGGAGAGGAAGCCAAAGAGGUCAGAGGAGGAGCUCCCGCUCCCCGGCCCACAGCAGCGACUCGACCCACUCCCAGCAGAACCACGCUCAGAGAGGGAGGACCUCUCGUCACCAGAAAAAGUCAAAGGGUGGCCACGCAUCCAAACGCCACCGCCGCUCAAGCCGGGGUCAGGCGCAUCACAGGAGCACCUCGGGUACUCCAGGACGCCAUUCAUACACAUCAGGAAGAAAGAACAAAGAGUCCCGGAGCAAAGCCCACCUCCGCCAGCGCAGCAGCUCCUGUAGCAGCGGCCGCUCGUCCUCACGCUCGGCCUCCAGAGACAAAGGCCUCAGCAAGGUCAAAUCCCCCCACAGCAGACAGAACAUGUCCAGAGAGAGGGACAGCGCUAACCGCUCGGACACUGACAGCCGAGCACGCCGCCGCUCACGCAGCUACUCACCCAUACGAAAGAGAAGAAGAGACUCACCCAGCUUCAUGGAGGCUCGAAGGAUCACCAGCGCACGGAAGCGGCCGAUCCCAUACUACCGCCCCAGCCUUUCGUCCUCGAGCUACGACAGCAGCCCGUCACGGUCCGGCCACAGCCGCAGCUACAGCAGCUGCAGCAGCUACAGCCGCAGCAGAAGCAAGAGCCGGAGCCGAAGCAGGAACUGGAGCCGAAGCCGCAGUCAGAGCCGGAGCUGGAGCCGCAGCAAGAGCCGCUCCCGCAGCCACCACAGCUACUCCAGCCGCAGCAGCUACGGCAGCCCGGGAUUCUGAGCGUGCCGAACACCGGAGGAGCCGAAGAAAACAAAAACAGAUGAGAGAAGCUUGUGUCUUCAGCUGUGCUGCUGUCCAACAGUGUCCAAACUCCUCCACCCUGGAUCAUCAUGUUUCCAGCUCAGAGCCUGAAUCAAAGACAAGCGUUUUGUGGUUUGGCACACGACUGUGGAACGGGUCGUCUCUGAUCAUCUCACACAGACGAGGUAUUUUGGAAAACUGGUGUCAGAAAUCAACGGGCAGAGUCCAAAGAUCAAAUCUCACUGGAAGUCAGCACUUUCUGUUUCAUCCUCCAAAGGAAACCAAAAAUCUGAUGAUUGCAGCAAGUACUACAGGUGGGGGCGCAGCCCCACCUAAAACAAAUCAUCCGCCCCAGAAAGUAGUUCCUUCUUCUGAAUAAUGUUACCUUAUUACUUGGCUCGUUGUUUAUGUUCCGUUCUGUUUUUCACUUCUUUUAAAUGGAAUCUAAAAUGUUUUUUAAUCGGAUUUAUUUUAACUACGUUGCAGGACACAUGGGUAGAUUUAUCAUGUCACGCUGUUGGCUAUGAUCAGAACUGCAGGCAGCU